AUGGCACAAGCCAGGCACGACGCUAACGCGCAAACGGCGCUCGACAUGCAGCGCGCCCGGGAGACGUCCAAGCUUGAUGUCGAGGCUAUCCAGGUCUUCCUCGCUGGUAGAGGCCGGAAGCGAUGGGAGCACGGCAAGAAGCUACAGGAUAUUCUGAGUCGGGAGCCAUUGUUUAGCAAGCGGGGGAGAGAGUUCCUCACUCGCAAAGAGCGGUACAUCCACGGCACACGUAUCAUGAAACGCGCUUACGAGCUGCAAGAGGAACAUGGAUGGUCACCAGCAGUCAUGGUGGAUGUCUUUCAGAAGCUCUACGAUCCGCUUCCCAUCAACCUGCAUUACGUUGCGUUUGAGCCAGUCUUUAUGUCCCAGGGCUCGGAGGAGCUUUUGAAGCGAUAUGGGACACUGGUCGCAACCAGGGGUAUCAUCGGUUGCUACCUCCAAACCGAGCUUGGCCACGGUACCAACGUCGCCAGUCUUGAAACAACCGCGACAUUCCUCCCAGAUACCGACGAGUUUGAGAUCCAUUCGCCUUCCAUCACAAGCACCAAGUGGUGGAUUGGCGCACUCGGCAAGACCGCAACACAUGGCGUCGUACAGGCUAAACUUAUCCUGCCCGGAGGACGCGAUAUGGGUCCUCACUUGUUCUUUGUUCAGCUCCGCUCGCUUGACGACCAUAGACUGCUUCCAGGGAUAGACGUAGGAGAUAUCGGGCCGAAAGCUUUGGGAGGUAACCAAGCGAACGACAAUGGCUACGCGCGCUUUUCGCGCGUGCGCAUUCCGCGCUUCCACAUGCUUUCGAAAUUUGCGCAGGUGACACGCGAGGGCGAGUACGUGAAGCCACCACAUGCGAAGUUAAGCUAUGGUGGAAUGCUCACUAUUCGCGCGAACAUGGUCACUGGUGCGGGUUGGACGAUCGCCCGAGGCAUCACGAUUGCACUGCGGUAUACGACUGUCCGGCGCCAAGGAGAACUCGACGAAUCCGGGCUAGAGCGACAAGUGCUGAAAUACCCAUCGACAUAUUACCGCCUCAUCCCUAUCCUUGCGCGUUCAUACGUUUUCAUCGCGCUCGGUCGACGUGUCCUCCAAGCGUUUCAGGAGAUGUCCGCGCAACUCGCAAGCGGGAACACAACCCUCCUACCCGAGAUGCAUGCAAUCACAUGUGGUCUCAAAGUGCUCGUCACCACAGCGGGGAUUAACGACCUUGAGACGGCGCGCCGCUCAAUGGGCGGACAUGGGUACAGCGCGUUUGCGGGUGUUGGGCAGAUCUAUGCGGAUUAUUUGCCUGCUGCGACUUAUGAAGGUGACAACUUCGUACUUGACGGCCAAGUCGUACGUGCCGCACUCAAGUCGCACAAAUCUGCCACCGCCACUUCUCAAGGAUCCACGGAGCGCCCUCCGUCUUCAGCGUACCUUCGUCUUCUACAUCCCUCAGCCUCCAAAGGAGCCCAAUCCAGGUUCACGUUCGACAGACAAACUUGCUCUUCACCUUCUCAACUUGCAUUGUUGCUUGAGUGGCGCGCUGCGAAGAUGGUCGCCGAACUUGCUAGUACCGUUUCUUCUGCGGAAGGGCCAGACGCUAGCGCCAGUCAGCGGGUUUCUCGCGCAGUUACGGAGGCGUUCGUCGCGAGGCAAGUGGAGACUAUGCUUGGGGAUUUGAGGGUGCUCCCUGGCGGGCAAGCGGAAGCGGUGAGGAGGUUGUACAUCCUGUAUCUUCUCACCACAGUCGAGUCUGCACUCGCCGACCUCCUUUCGUUCGACCUCGUAGCCUUCGAUUCCCCGUCAUCCGACCCGGCACGUGGGCUGCGCCUCGCGAUAAAGUCGACGUGCGCUGCUGUACUUCCAGACGCUAUUGCACUCACCGACGCGUUCGGAUUCUCAGACUGGGAUUUGGAUAGUGCACUUGGCGUGCACGAUGGGUGGGUAUACGAGGCACUGCUUGAGAGGGUGAGGCAGGAGCCUAUGAAUGCGGAGGAGGUUACUCCUGGAUAUGAGGAGAGCAUCAAAGCUAUGCUUGAGAAGGGGCAACGCUUAGCUGAGACCAGGGCCAAACUCUAAGGUCAUACUAUACAUGUGGAUGGUGGACAUCGCCUCGUUGCGCAUUCCUGGGGCACCCGUUCGAGUUAUUUUGUGUUUAUUACAUGUAUAUUAGCCGCGAAUACCUCACUC